AUGCGUUUCAACGCUGCCUUGACUUCCGCCCUGGUUUCCUCGGCCUCCAUCAUGGGCAUGGCUCAUGCUGACGAGACCGAGAAGAAGCCCGAGACUACCUCCAUUGCGGAGAAGCCUACUUUCACCCCUACCACGCUCAAAGCUCCUUUCUUGGAGCAGUUCACCGAUGACUGGGACAGCCGGUGGACUCCUUCCCACGCCAAGAAGGAUGACUCCAAGUCUGAGGAGGACUGGGCCUAUGUUGGUGAAUGGUCUGUCGAAGAGCCGACUGUGCUGAAGGGAAUUGAGGGAGACAAGGGUCUUGUUGUUAAGAAUGUUGCUGCCCACCACGCCAUCUCCUCCAAGUUCCCCAAGAAGAUCGACAACAAGGACAAGACCCUGGUUGUCCAGUAUGAGGUCAAGCCGCAAAACUCCCUGGUUUGUGGUGGUGCCUACCUGAAGCUUCUCCAGGACAACAAGAAGCUCCAGUCCGAGGAGUUCUCCAACGCCUCUCCUUACGUUAUCAUGUUCGGUCCCGACAAGUGCGGUGCCACCAACAAGGUGCACUUCAUCUUCCGUCACAAGAACCCCAAGACCGGCGAGUACGAGGAAAAGCACCUGAAGGCUCCUCCUGCCGCUCGUACCAACAAGGUCACCUCCUUGUACACUCUGAUUGUCCGCCCCGAUCAGACUUUCUCCAUCCUGAUUGACGGCGAGGAGGCCAAGAGCGGUAACUUGCUCGAGGACUUCAGCCCUGCUGUCAACCCCGAGAAGGAGAUUGAUGACCCCAAGGACAAGAAGCCCGCCGACUGGGUCGACGAGUCCAAGAUCGCUGACCCCGAGGCCACCAAGCCCGAGGAUUGGGAUGAGGACGCUCCUUAUGAGAUUGUCGAUGAGGAUGCCGAGAAGCCCGAGGAUUGGCUGGAGGAUGAGCCCACCAGCAUCCCUGAUCCCGAGGCCGAGAAACCCGAGGACUGGGACGAUGAGGAGGAUGGCGACUGGGUUCCUCCCACUGUUCCCAACCCCAAGUGCCAGGAGGCUGCUGGCUGUGGUCCCUGGACUGCUCCCCUGAUCAAGAACCCCGCCUACAAGGGCAAGUGGACUGCUCCCCUGGUCGACAACCCCGCCUACAAGGGUCCCUGGGCCCCCCGCAAGAUUGCCAACCCCGCCUACUUCGAGGAUAAGACUCCUUCCAACUUCGAGCCCAUGGGCGCUAUUGGUUUCGAGAUCUGGACUAUGCAGAAUGACAUUCUCUUCGACAACAUCUACAUUGGUCACUCCGAAGAAGAUGCUGAGCAGCUCCGCAAGGAGACUUUUGACAUUAAGCACCCCAUCGAAUUGGCUGAGGAGGAGGCCAACAAGCCCAAGCCGGAGGAGCAGGUUGCCGAGCCCAGCGUCAGCUUCAAGGAGAACCCUGUGGCCCACGUCCGCGAGAAGGUUGAUCGUUUCGUUGGCCUGGCCAAGCAGGACCCCAUCGCUGCUGUGAAGCAGGUUCCUGACGUUGCUGGUGGUCUCGCCGCCGUGCUUGUCACCAUGGUGCUCCUGAUUGUGGGUGCUGUCGGUGCUAGCAGCCCGGCUCCCGCUCCGGUCAAGAAGGGCAAGGAGGCUGCCAGCGCUGCCAAGGAGAAGGCUGCAGAGGCUGUUAGCUCUGCUACCAACACUGGCAAGGGCGGCGCCACCAAGCGCCAGACUCGCUCCUCUGCCGAGUAA